GUACAUGCUUGCGACGAUCAGGAGGGCGCACUGUUCCCUCAUAGACUGCGAGAUCGCUCGAGACACAGAUGCGGGCCACGCACAAUUUGCCGCAUACGUGACGAGCGAGACGGUCUCUCACCUGAACGAUGCAGUGCAGCAUUUUCAGUUGGUUCUAGACCAGUGUCCCGUCAGCCAUCCCGAUCACGCAACAGCCCUCACCAACCUUGCGUAUGCGCGCCUUCAGGGGUAUAUUCGCAACGAUUUUGAAGAUAUUGAUACCCCCACUUCGCUGUUCCGCGAGGUCCUUGCAUUGCGUCCGCAGUGCCAUCCGGAUCAUCCAUUAUCUCUAUAUAAUCUCACCGAAGCGCUGACUUGGCGCUACAUCAAGAAAAGUACUGCUGCCGACAUUUGCGAAUCCGCCAAACUCUAUCAUGAGCUACUGCCUCUCUUGGUCGUCGAGCUCUGUCCUCUGGGCCAUCAACACCGUCCCAGAGCACUUUACAAGCUUGUGUGGGUUCUCAGAUCACACUUUCGACAACACGGCAGUAUUGAUGAUCUUGAUACGAGCAUACGGCUUGGUCGUGAGGCCGUGUUUCUAUGCCCCGAGGGACAUACUGACCGUGCUUACUACCUGCACAACUUGGCCUUCUCACUCGAAUGCCGCUUCGAUCAUCAAGGCAAACCUAAUGACCUCAAUGAGACCGUCUCUUUGUACGAAGAAACACUGCGCCUGUGCCCUGUUGGGCACGAGUCUCGUGAUACCUCAUUAGACAACCUAGGGCUCGUCCUCAUCAGCCGUUUCAACAAACGCGGCAACAUUGAUGACAUCACCGGAGCUAUCAGCCUCCAUCGCGAGGCACUGACAUUGUGCCCACCUGGGCAUCCACGUCGUGAUACCAUGCUUAACAACCUUGCCCUUGCGCUCGACGCCAGAUACCACAAAUUGCAUGUCAUUGAGGAUCUUAACGAGGCCAUUGAUCGGUAUCGCGAAUCCCUUCGGUUAAAGCGGCAUGACCAUCCACAACGCCAUAGAACUCUUCACAAUCUGAGCUCGGCACUCUGCUCUCUUUUCACGGAAACUCGGGAGAAUGAAGAUAUCGAGGAGGCGAUUAAUCUUUGCCGAGAGUCAUUGGCAGCUCUGUCUUCACUGCACCCGGACAGGUAUUUCAGCUAUGGCUGGCUGACGAAUAUUUAUUUGUCUCAUUACCAGAUCCUACACAAUCCCGCUGAUCUGUCACUCGCUAUAGAGAACUUCAGACUCGCAUCGGGACACCGUACUCAAGGCUUUCCAAAUCGUAUUCAAACUGCCUUGUGCUGGGUUACUGAAGCCGAGAAUCAUCAACACGACUCUUCCCUCGAAGCAUACCAGAUGUGCUUCGAGCUUUUCGACAGCCACGUGAUGACGCGAUCGUCGAUCAUCUCACGGCGUGAGGCUGCAACCGCUUUUCGUGGUGCACAAGCACUCCCUGUAGAUGCGGCCUCAUGUGCCAUACGUCGUCACAAUCUACGGCAGGCAGUUGAACUUGUGGAGCAGGGCCAUGGCCAGCAGUGGUCGCUGGCCUCUCAACUCAGGACUCCACUGGAAGACCUGACAUCUGCGAGUCUGCAACUAGCUCAAAAGAUCUUGGAGCUCAACAAGCGCCUAUCUCAUGCUCAGGGUUCUGCAGGCAGCGCUGACCCAGCUGUGGCUGAUCAAGCUGCAACAGAAUAUCGGAGACUCACAAGACAAUGGGAUGCUGCAGUGACUGAAAUCCGUGAUCUUAAAGCGUUCUCGCGCUUCCUGCUCCCGCCUUCAUACGAAGACUUGCAAGCGGCAGCACGCCAAGGCCCUGUCAUCAUCCUUAUUGCCAGUCAAUAUUCGCGCAGCGCCAUCAUUAUUCCGACGUCAGGAGAACCCCAUCAUAUUCCCUUACCGUCUGUCACUCUCACAGAUCUGAAUAAUCUGAAGGAUCGCUUCGCCAGGGCCAUACGACACGCAUCUAUCAUGGGCCCAAAGUUGCCUCGGAACGAUCUAAUAGUCCUCUUGAGGACAGUAUGGGAAGAGAUCAUGCUACCCAUCGUAAACGUACUGGAGCAUGUCUUUAAGCUAAAGCAUGGCUCUCGAAUCUGGCUGUGUCCAACUGCAGCUUUCACAUCUAUUCCUCUCCAUGCAGCUCACCCCUUUCAAACAAGGGCAGAUCGCUCUAAAGAGCCAUGCCUGGAGGACCUCUACAUCUGCUCUUACACGCCGACACUUUCGGCUCUCGUUAGAUCUAGACAGAUGAUGAAGAAGCGCAUCACUCCGUCCUUCGUGACAAUCGGACAGGGUCAACCGGGUACGGGGAAAGGCAAGGCGCUCUUGGCUGUCGAUAGCGAGCUCGAGCUUGUCAAUAAGCUCGUCCCUGCGAUUGCCAACCGUAGCACUAUUUCUGGUGACGCAGCCACACGAGCAGGUGCACUCAAAGCUUUAGAAGAGAACACUUGGGUGCACCUCGCUUGUCAUGGCAAGCAGGACCCUGUGCAGCCUUACAAUUCCCACUUCGUCAUGAGAGACGAACAUCUGACGCUGCUCGAUAUCAUGGAGAAACAUGUCCCGCAUGCUGAGUUUGCGUUCUUGUCCGCUUGUCACACUGCUGUUGGCGAUAAGGAGACGCCCGACGAAGUGAUUCAUCUCGCAGCUGGUCUCCAGUUUUCGGGGUUCAAGAGCAUCAUUGGCACGCUGUGGGAGGUCGAUGAUUCUGUCGCAAAACACGUCGUCAAAGCAUUCUACGAGAAUUUGUUCGAUGGUUUAGAGGAGGGUGGCGUCAUGGACUGUACGAAGGCGGCCUGGGCACUCAACCGUGCUACGCACGCUGUGAAGACGAAAGUCCCGCUUGAGCAGAGGAUGGUUUUCGUUCAUAUCGGUGUAUAGUUCCUGCUAUAUUGCUUCAUCUGAUACGGUUUCACGUGUUCUUUGUAUCGCGUUCUUUUUCGUCCCCAAUGUACUUCAAGUUGUUGCUACUGACUUAGCCUGUUACAUUCGUCUAUCACGUACUUACAUGCUAUCUUGUUUUGGCUUUCGUUUUUGUCUACUCUCGUUGCUCGACGACUUCACGGUGUAUUCGAAUAUUAAUGUUCACGACUGUUGCGGACUCGACCCGGACCUUCAAGCG